GAGAGAUCCCUGGGAUGUAAACAUAUGUAACAAUGGACAUCUAAGGAGGAAGCAGAGAAAGGAUUAUUGGGAACUCACAAGAUAAAAUCAUAUAUCUUUAGAAGAGACCAUCCUGCCCUUUCUUGAAGCAUUGUGAUGUGAUAAGCUGUGCCCAGUGUGUAGCCACCAAAGCUGCAGGGACUCCCUCUUCUAAUGCAUCUUCUCGCCCUGUAUUGGCUUACUACAGGACUAUUGCUAUUCCUGGCAAAUAAAGGAGUCUCCCUGAAGUGUGAGAUUUGUCGCAGCACUGACUAUGAUUGCAAUGGAACUGUGCACAAUUGCUUGUCUUUUUUAGAUACAUGCAUCAUUGUUCAGUCAGAGAGAAUGCUGGCCUCUAAGAAGACGGAUGCUUAUUCUCACAUUAAAAAACAUGCUGUGAUUAAGAGGUGCACCCAAGCCCAUACCUGCAAUGAGAACAUCACCUUUGUUAAUGUGGGCGAUGGAGGAAUAAUUGUCACCAGGCUGUCCUGCUGCAAAGAUGAAAAGUGCAUGAAGCCUGUUCUCCCCUUGCCACCAGUGAACACAACAUUCAACGGGAAGCAAUGCCCAGUCUGCUUUUCUUUUUGGAGUACCAAAUGCAAGCCCAAAAGCAUGGUUGAAUGUGUGGGAGACCAGGACUACUGCCUUGUCAUAUCUGGAACUGGAAAUACUGGAUCACCUGGAAUAGUACAACACAAUGGCCCCAAAAUGGUGACCUCAAACAUUUCCAUCCAAGGCUGUGCAAACAAAGCUUUCUGUGACACUUUUGAUGAGGGUAUUGUCCAGUUAGCCACCAUCACAAUUGCUGGAGGAGGUACUUGUGAACUUGCUCGUGAUAUGCUCGACAGUGCUCCAGGAUUGUUUGGUCCCUUUCUCCCAGUCCUUGCUGGGCUUCUCCUUGUGAAGAUCAUUGUUUGAUUUCCCGCUGGUGGGGAGGGAACACCUGUGUGGUUCUUACCUCCUUCCUCCUUGAUUAUGGUUCUUACUGCAUAGCUACACCGUAUGUUUACCA